GACGUCACGUGCUGAUACAUGUGGAUAAGCGGUCUGUGACACAACAUUUCAAUAUUUUAAACUGUGUCGUAUUACCUGUAGUUAACCCUGCGUUUAAGAAAUAAAUUUGACGCCUUACUCCUGCAUUUCAUUCACAUGGAACGACAUGAACCAGCAGUUAUUUAGAAAACCUGCCGCAGCCGCCUGAAUGUGCUAGCCGGAUCGCUAACCCACUCUAGCAAAGAAAGUAAAAUCUAAAUGACAUGGAGAACUACAGAAAAGCAAACACAAUAGAGCAGCCCUGCCCAUGUCCGUUCCCCGACCUGCCCAGCGACACUCCAGAAGUUCGAGUGAAGGAUGGUAGCAAAAUCCGCAACCUCAUGAGGUUUGCUUUAAGCCGUAUGGAGGAGAAAACAGCAGCCUCGGCAGAUCAUGAAGGUUCAGAGGUGAGCGUUGGGACAGGGGACAAUCUGUGUCGCCAAAUAGUAUUCACAGGCGUGGGUCAGAGCGUUGCAAAAGCAAUCACGUGUGUAGAGAUCAUGAAACGGCGCAUUCAUGGGCUACAUCAGCUCACUAAGCUGGCCUACCGCACACUUCAGGAUGUCUGGGAGCCGCUGGAGCCUGGGGCCGGGCUGGACAGUCUCACCGUCAGCAGAAAUGUACCUAGUAUUUGGGUUCUUCUCUCAAGAGACUCGCUUGAUAAGAACCAGCCGGGUUAUCAAGCUCCAGGCUCUUUUGACGCCUUGUGGAUUCAGGCUCUCAAAGAGGAAGCAGCAACUCCGAGACAUGGACAGAGAAGGAAGAGGGGGGGAACUGGGACUGGACGGGCAGAAGUGGGUGGUAGGGGAAAGGGGCCGCGUAAACACCCCGGGCGACCUGGAGAUACACGAAAACCUCCAGGUCAUGCAGGUGGUGGACAGGAGGGAAUGAACGUAUGAAUUAUUAUUGGACUUAACCUUUCAUAGUUAUAAAUUUGUUUGUACUUGCUCAGUUUUAUCUUAUUUUAAAAUAUUUUUUGUGCCAUAUCAUAUAAAAUGAAAAAAAAAGGGGUAAUUUAUGUAAUGCAUUUCUGAAAACAACCAUCAUAAAUUGUUCACCCUCAUGCCAACACAAUAUGAUUUUGUCUUUUUUUUAAUAGAACACAACAUUUUUUAAGAAUGAAGUUUUUUUUAAUUAUGCUUGCAAAUGAAAAAAGUUAUAUGUUGUAAUUGUUAGCAAGCAAGAACUUUUGUCACAGUUUUGACUUGAGGGUUUGUACAUUUUUUUGUUAGCUGUUUUUUUUAAUUACUUUGCUUCAAACUAAAUUUCAUGAAAUAAAUUUUCAAUCAGCUGUUCUCUGUUUUAUACAUUAACACCGGCUUCUGUUAAAAAGGUUAAUAAGAAUAAUCUAUUCAGUAUAUACUGUAGUGUAAUUGGAUAAUAUCCUAUAUAAAGUCCUGUACAGUUGCAGUCAAACAUUUUCAACCCACUUGAUGUGCAAGACAUUUUGCUGCCAUGAACAAAAUUGUAUUAAAACAGUUCCUUAAAAAGCAUCAAUAAAGCGUUGUGCAUAAUUCAA